AUGAUGAUCAGACUUCUGGGAGAAGUGCUGACUAAUGGUUUAUUUGCCGAUGCCACCAAAACCACCGCCGCUAAAGCUGCUGAACCCGCCACCCCCGAAUCCGCCCAAUCCGCCGCCGAAGCUGUUAAACCCGCCGCCGAAACUGUUGAAUCCCCCGCCGAGGCCGCCGCCAAACCUGCUGAAUCCACCACGCCCACCGUAUCCCACACGGCCGCCGAAGCGCCCUCGUCCACCACGCCGGCAGUUUCGUCGGCCACGGCAACGCCGACGGUUCCGGCGCCCGAAUCCUCCCCCAAAUCCGCCCAAUCCCCCACCGAAACCGCCACCGUAUCCCAUACCGCCACCGCUGAAUCCACCAAUGAACGCAUCGACGCCGUCUAUUACAAAAUAAUUCAAAAUGUCAGUUGGCCAUCAGAAGUAUCGCAAUGGAUAAUGACACCGACGGCCAGGAAUAAUACCAGCGUGGAAUAAUUCAUUGUCAAGCCGGAUAAUAGGAUUACCGUUUUUUGGUGAUAAUCUUAAUAAAACUGAAACAAACACCCGCCAAAUAAAAGACCGACGUUCCGUUGAUACCGCGCGUUUUAUUGUGUGGAGCCGCUAUACACGGGCGACCAGGAAGUAAGGCCGGGUACAUAAAACAAGCCCGCUAGGACGCCCCGGGAAACGCACUCCAGCUGGCCACGGUUGCAUAAUCGCGUCAGUUUAUCGUGCAAAUCCAUUGUCUUGAAUGUCUUCGCUGCAAAAAAAAUGCGGUUCGGUCACUUGUUAAUUGGCACGGUGGGAAAAGACAAAAAAAUCGUCUGCUGGUCGCGAACGUUGUUUACUGAGAAAAUCUAGUAGAACAUUGGAAAACUGGAUUAUCAGCUGUUGGUUAAGUGGAUAAUGAAAUGUUUGCACAAUCGUUUAAUUAACGACAACGUGUACAUGGUGUAUUAUUAAUUUUAAUGCGAAUAAUUUAUGCUGAACUUACUUUGCUUAAUAUACGGAAGAGUACCACGUACAGUACUACAUAGCUUCUAUAUCAAAAACGCGAGCGCAG